UCUCCCUCUCUAUCUCUGACCAUUCACAUUCACAGAACUGUAUUAUAUAUAUACUUGCAAGAAACCUCUCUUUGUGGUUGCAUAAGUCUGCAACUUCUGAUGGCCUCUCGAUUGGGGAUGAACAGGGCAGAUCGCCGGAUUGAAACUAGAGAUCAGAAUGAAUCUGGCUCAUCUCCUGAGAAGUCUAUUGGGCCAAAGUCAUAUUCAUACGGUGAACUAGCAAGGGUAACGGGUCAUUUCUCGCUCAAUAACCUAAUUGGUCGAGGUGGUUUUGGUCAUGUUUUUAAGGCAUCCUUAGAUGGUGAGAUCCGUGCUAUUAAGAGACUUGAUUUUCCGGAUGUACAAUGCGAAGGAGGUUUGGAGAGGGAGAUUAUGGUAGUCAAAAGUGUCAGUCACAAAAACCUCGUUGAACUGGUUGGUUACUGCAUUGAUGGAGCCAAUAGAUUGCUUAUUUUAAAGUAUUUUCCAAAUGGGUCCUUGAGAUCUAAAUUACAUGGAAGUGGGGAUGUUUUGGACUGGAAAAAAAGAAUGAAGAUCGCUACAGGUUCUGCAAAAGGAUUGGAAUAUUUACAUGAACACUGUAAACCUAAAAUUAUUCAUUUAGAUAUCAAACCAGAUAAUAUUCUUUUGGAUGAAAAUUUUGAAUCCAAGAUAGCAGAUUUUGGACUUGCUCAAUUUUUUACCGACGGUGCUACUCACAUAUCCAAAUCAUCAGUUAUGGGAACUCAUGUAUAUGAAGAUCCACUGACAACGAAAUUAGGAAAGUACUCUGAUAAGUCCGAUAUUUAUUCUUUUGGUAUUACACUUUUAGAGUUGAUUACAGGAAGAAAACCUAUAGAUAAUGGCAUUGACAUUGUUACUUGGGCAAAUCCUCUAAUUCAAAACGCUUUAGAGGGAAGAUAUGCGAAUUUUAUAGAUCCCAAAUUACAAUCCUUUGACAAUGAAGAAGUGUACCGAACCGUUUCUUGUGUUAAUUCUUGUCUAAAUCAACCCCUAAAUUCUCGUCCAACAAUGGAAAAGAUACGUUUUGUUCUUGAAGGAAAAUUACCUCCAGAGAAAUUAUGCGAUGACGAAUUGCAACGGAGUAUUAGAGAUCCGAAAGGAUCUAGGUCAUCGCCUGAGUUGAAUAGAAGUAUAAUUCUUGGGCCGAGGCAAUAUUCAUAUCAACAACUAGCAAAGGCGACCAAUUAUUUUUCUAGUAACGAUCUCAUUGGCGAGGGUGGCUUUGGACAAGUUUAUAGGGGAUUACUAGAUGGUGAAUCCUUUGCUAUUAAGAAACUCAAAAAUCAUCCAGAUUUACAGUCGCAAGAAAACCUGAAGAAUGAGAUUAUGGUUGUUAGCAGCAUCCGCCACAGAAAUCUUAUUGAACUGCUUGGUUACUGCAUCGAAGGGGCUAAUAGAUUGCUUGUUUUUAAGUAUUUUCCCAAUAAGUCUUUGAGCUCUCAAUUACAUGAAAGCGAUCUGGAUUUGGAUUGGAAGACGAGAAUAAAUAUCGCCAAAGGCUGUGCAAAAGGCCUAGAAUAUUUACAUGAACACUGUGAGCCUCCUAUCCUACAUUUAGAUAUCAAGUCAGACAACAUUCUUCUUGAUGAUGAUUUUAAACCAAAGGUGGCUGACUUUGGACUUGCACGCUUUUUUUCGGAGGCUGCUACUCACAUCUCUGAAUCAGCAAUUAUGGGAACCAAAGCCUAUGUAGAUCCAUAUGCAAUAAAAACUGGACAGUACUCUGUAAAAUCAGAUGUCUACUCAUUUGGUGUUAUGCUUUUGGAAUUAAUUACUGGAAGAAGACCUAUAGAAAACGGCUUUGAUGUUGUUGAAUGGGCAAAACCUAAAAUUAAGAGCGCUUUGCGGAAUGAAGAAUUUGAAGAUUUUGUAGAUUAUACAAUGCACAUAUUUGACCAUGGAGAAAUGUAUCGAAUGUUGUUCUGCAUUGAUGUUUGUAUAAAUAACCGUCCAAAGUUUCGUCCAUCAAUGAAAAAGAUAUUUCUAGCUCUUGAAGGACUUUUUUCUUUAGACGAAUUAUUCAAUGAGAAGGGUGAUAACAAAUUGCCAUGGUACCCUACUUAUAUAAAGAUUCAAGUUCGAAAUCGGAGUAUAUCUAAUAAAAUGUGGAGAUCUGCUGAUGAAGUUUUAAUGAGGAGAUCUACUGAAGCAACUAAUCUUUUAGCUGAAGGUGUUAAACGUCUUGGUCUUUCUAAUGAUGAUGAGGAAGAAGAAGAUGAAGAAGAUGAAGAAGAAGAAGAAGAUGAUGAAGAAGAGGUUUCAGAUGAAGAGGAGGAAGAACUUGAAGAGAAUGAGGACGGUGACAAUGACCUUAGUCAUAAGUCAAAAAUGGCUGAAGGAGGAGAGGUGAUUGCCUGCCACACCGUUCGGGCAUGGACCGAGCAGCUGGAAAAGGCACAGAAGGGAAAACAACUGACUGUGGUGGAUUUCAGUGCUGCCUGGUGCCCGCCUUGUCGUUACAUGAGUUCAGUUCUGGCAAAGAUGGCCAAGGAGAUGCCCAAUGUCACAUUCUUGGUGGUGGAUGUUGAUGAAUUAACUUCUGUUACUGCGGAAUGGAAAAUUGAGGCAAUGCCAACUUUUUUGUUCUUCAAACAAGGAAAAGAAGUUGCCAAGAUUGUGGGUGCCAAUACAGAGGAGCUGCAGUCGACCAUUGCAAAGCAUGCUGUCGACGACACUCCAACGAUAUUUACUUAUCAACAAAUUGAAUGGGCAACUCGAGGUUUCUCCAAAUUUCUCGGUGAGGGUAGUCUGGGUUCAGUUUUUAAGGGAUUCCUGGAUGGCAAAGACGUUGCUGUAAGGAAGCUUGAAGAUCUUUCAGAUGAAGAGGAACAAGAAGAACUUGAGCAGAGUAUUAAGACCAUUGGCAGUGUGAUUCACCCAAAUCUUGUUCAGCAGUUUGGGCACUGCAUUGAAGGAUCCAAUAUAUAUCUCGUUCUAGAGUUUUUUCCCAGUAACUCCUUAAGAUCUCUUUUAAAUGGAAAGAAAACACUGGAAUGGUCAAAAAGAAUGAAAAUCGCAAUAGAUUCUGCAAAAGCAUUGGAAUAUCUCCAUGAUAAUUAUAAUAUCGUACAUAGAGAGAUCAUGACAAAUAAUAUUCUUGUCGGUAAAAAUUUCCAGCCAAAGGUUGCAAAUUUUGGACUUAUCAUGUAUUAUAGAUCUGAGAGAACUGAUGUGUAUGCAGAUCCCGAAGAUAAUGAAUGUAGUUUUGAAGAAUCAGAUGUUUAUGCCUUUGGUGUUGUACUUUUGGAACUGAUUACAGGCAAAAAUACUAAAGAUAAUGACACUGAUAUUGUUCAGUGGGCAAACAGUCUAAUGAAACGAGCUUUAUACGGAGAAUAUACACUUCUUAUUGAUUCUAAUUUGGAAGGUGAUUAUAAUAAAAAAGAAGUACAACGGAUGAUUUAUUGUGCUGCAGCUUGUUUAUAUAAACCUUCAGACUCUCGCCCACAAAUGAAAGAGAUAGUUGGAGUUCUCAAAAGAAGUAUUCCUUUGAAAGAUAUAUGGGAUGACGAUGAUAAUCAAUUCUUAUCUGGAUCAGGAAAAGGAGGCGGCUCAUUGAAGAGGAAAUCAAAGAAAACAUCUCCACUUUACCGGGUGAUAUUGCAUGAUGACGACUACCAUACUGUGGACUUUGUUAUACAAAAACUGAUGAAGUUUAUCCCUGGAAUGACCCGUGAAAAUGCAGAUAACAUAGCGAGAGAUGUACAUUACAAGGGCUCGGCAGAGGUGAUUGUUUGUGCUCAGGCUGAUGCUGAAGGCUAUUGCAUGCAGCUGAAGGGUACUGGGCUUGGGAGUACAAUAGAACCUGCGAGUGGUGGGCGCUGAAGAUGGACAACUUGUACGAGAAUCUCCUCAUGGUUCCUAGUAAAGUUAUCUUGAUCAGAGUAUUAGAUAGUGUAUGUGUGUUGGCAAUGUCAGUGUUUGUAUGAAUCUUGUCAUCCAUGUGCAAACGCGAAUAAAGGUAUAGUAGGUUGUCAUUUUUUAAUAAAAGAAAACUGAUUGCCUUCA